ACGCUCAAUGGUGAAAGUGCAUGCACAUCAUCAGUCCAAAGAGCAGAGUUCACAUCCCAGGCCCGGUGCCAAAGCUGGGUGGACAUGGCUGCCCUCCUGUAAUUCCAGCCUGGAAGGGAAUCCCAGAGCAAACAGACCAGAGAUAGAUGGGUGGAGAGGUGGAGACACAGCUCAGGGUUGAGUGUCUUGCUGCUCUUGCAGAGGACCUGAGUUCAGUUCCCAGCACCCAUGUUGGUAAGCUCACAACUGCAUGUAGCCCCAACUCUAGGGGAAUUAGAUACCUCUGGCCCACUGUGGUUGUUGACACACACACACACACACACACACACACACACACACACACACACACACACAGAGCUCAAUCCUUUUACCUAAAGAGGACCCUGGAAUCCUCUGGCUUUGUCCUGUUUCACCUCCUCCUGCCUCAGCUGCCAGCAGAAUCGCCCUUAUGUGAAGCCCAGGCAGCCCACCCAGCUCAUCAGGGAUCCACCGUGGUGGGCAGACCCCGACUUGAUCCCAGGUUCCCUCUCUACAGGUGUGGACACCGCCCACUGCCACCCCAACCCUGGCUCCAGUUAAUGGGGCAGGUCCCUGACCUCAAGACAAGGUGGUUUGGGGUGUGUGGCCACUUGAGAGGGUGGUACCCAGCCCAGGUUACUCCUACCUGUGGGAAGCCCCGCCCCUCCCUCCAGGCACAGCUCAGCUCUGGCUCCCCGGUGUCCCUGAAGCUCUGUGAAGCUCUGCUCUGCUGGAAGGCUGGAACUUGGUGUCUAGCUGGAGCUUACCUUUGCCGAGCCAUGGAGCCCACUGCACCAGACUUACAACUUGUGCCAGAGGUGACAAAGGCUGUCUCUGUAUCUGCUCCAGACCCUGGCCCUUGUCGAACGGCUGUCAUCGCAGUGGUGGGCAUCAGCAUGGCCAUCGUGACCCUGGGAGUCCUUUCAGCCUUCUUCUCCGCACAGGGCGCCCACGUGGAGCACAUAGCAGAGCUACAUGGGAUCCGUUUCACCAGUUCUUUGCAGCAGGAGAACUCUGACUUCUACCGCCUACUCACGCAUGCUCUGCAGACACUGUUUGUGAGUAGUUUCCAGAAAACAGAGUUAGAGUCGAGCUGCGCAGGCUGCACCGUGCUUAGUUACAGGGAUGGCAAUUCCACUGUGAUUGUACAUUUCCGGCUACACUUUCUGCUCCGAGCCCUCCAGCCCCUGAGCCUGAAGCAGGAAGCAGACAUCUUGCAGAAAGGAAUCCAGGCAAGGCUGCAGGAACAAGGUCUUUCCCUGGCUGCCUAUGGCACCAUCGUGUCAGUCGAGCUGACAGGAAGGUGUGAAGGUCCGGUGACUGAGAGGGACUUAAAGUCAGGCCACUGCCCCGGGAAUGUCUUCUCCUGUCAGAAUGGUCAGUGCGUGAGCAAAGAGAACCCGGAGUGUGAUGACAGAGUGGACUGCUCCGACGAGUCUGAUGAGGCUCAGUGCGACUGCGGCUGGCAGCCUGCCUGGAGGUCAGCUGGCAGGAUCGUGGGAGGAGUGGAGGCGGCUCCCGGGGAGUUCCCCUGGCAGGUCAGUCUUCGAGAGAAUCACGAACACUUCUGUGGCGCCACCAUCAUCGGUGCCAGGUGGCUGGUGUCUGCUGCCCACUGCUUCAACGAAUUCCAGGACCCUGCGCAGUGGGCCGCCCAGGCGGGCAGUGUGCACCUGAGCGGGUCAGAGGCCAGCGCUGUGCGCACACGCGUGCUCCGCAUAGCCAAGCAUCCUGCCUAUGAUGCGGACACAGCGGACUUCGACGUGGCGGUGCUGGAGCUGGCGCGCCCGCUGCCCUUCGGACGCUAUGUGCAGCCUGCCUGCCUCCCCGCGGCCACGCACGUCUUCCCGCCGGGCAAGAAGUGUCUGAUCUCGGGCUGGGGUUACCUGAAAGAGGACUUCCUGGUGAAGCCAGAGGUCCUUCAGAAAGCCACGGUGGAAUUGCUGGACCAGAGCCUGUGUUCCAGCCUGUACGGCCACUCGCUCACCGACAGGAUGGUGUGUGCCGGCUACCUGGACGGGAAGGUAGACUCCUGCCAGGGGGACUCCGGGGGACCCCUGGUCUGCGAGGAGCCUUCAGGAAGGUUCUUCCUGGCUGGUAUCGUGAGCUGGGGAAUCGGCUGCGCAGAAGCGCGGCGCCCAGGGGUCUACACCCGAGUCACCAGGCUGCGGGAUUGGAUCUUGGAGGUGACCAGCGCUGCUGACAUGCCUGUGGUCCCCACCGCGACUCCAGCGCCCGCCACCCCCAGCACUCCCUGGCCUACCAGCCCUGAGAGCUGGGCGCCCAACACCUUUGCCAAACCCACCGCUGCCCCCAGCCCUGUGCCACUGCACCCCAGCACUACGGCCAAGCCACAAGAGUGUGGGGCCAGACCCGCCAUGGACAAGCCCACUCGGAUUGUGGGCGGGAUCAGCGCCGUGUCUGGGGAGGUGCCCUGGCAGGCCAGCCUGAAGGAAGGACCCAGACAUUUCUGCGGAGCCACCGUGGUGGGUGACCGCUGGCUGCUGUCUGCCGCCCACUGUUUCAACCACACCAAAGUGGAGCAGGUGCAGGCGCACCUGGGCACCGUGUCCCUGCUGGGUGUCGGCGGGAGCCCCGUGAAACUGGGGCUCCGAAGGGUGGCCCUGCAUCCCCGCUACAACCCAGGAAUCCUGGACUUUGACGUGGCCCUGCUGGAGUUAGCCCAGCCAUUGGUCUUCAACAAGUACAUCCAACCGGUUUGUCUGCCCCUGGCCAUCCACAAGUUCCCAGUCGGCCGGAAGUGUAUGAUCUCAGGCUGGGGCAACAUGCAGGAGGGAAAUGCCACCAAGCCUGACAUCUUGCAGAAGGCGUCCGUGGGCAUCAUAGAGCAGAAGAUGUGUGGAGCCCUGUACAACUUCUCCCUCACUGACCGCAUGCUCUGUGCUGGCUUCCUGGAGGGCAGAGUUGACUCCUGCCAGGGUGAUUCUGGUGGCCCCUUGGCAUGUGAAGAGACACCUGGUGUCUUUUACCUGGCUGGCAUCGUGAGCUGGGGCAUUGGCUGUGCCCAGGCUAAGAAGCCUGGCGUAUAUGCACGAAUCACACGCCUCAAGGACUGGAUCCUGAAAGCGAUGUCCUCAGACCCCAGCUCCAUGGCUCGCCCCCACACCUCCAGCACACGGCUCAUCCCUAGUGAGCCCCCCAAAACCACAGCUGCUGGCCUCAUUAUCCCAGAGGCCACCACCAGCAGACUUGCUACCCCCAGGGCCACCAUCAGAGUGACCACUAGACCACUCAACACAACACUGUCUGCCAGGAGUACCACCACCAGGGGACAGACAGCAGCCCCAAGUGCACCGGGCACCACCAUACACUCUCACCUGCCAGAUUGUGGCCUGGCACCCCCCGGGGCCCUGACCCGGAUAGUGGGCGGCAGCGCAGCCUCGCUUGGGGAGUGGCCCUGGCAAGUGAGCCUGUGGCUGCGGCGCAGGGAGCACCGAUGUGGGGCGGUACUGGUGGCCGAGAGGUGGCUUCUGUCUGCAGCACACUGUUUCGACAUCUAUGGGGACCCUAUGCAGUGGGCGGCCUUCCUGGGCACCCCAUUCCUGAGCAGCACGGAGGGCCAGUUGGAGCGCGUGGCACGCAUCUAUCGCCACCCGUUCUACAACAUCUACACACUGGACUAUGACGUGGCACUGCUGGAGCUGGCGGGACCCGUGCGCCGCAGCCGCUUGGUGCGACCCAUCUGCCUACCAGGUCCCGCAAGGCCCCCUGACGGCGCUCGAUGCGUCAUCACCGGCUGGGGCUCGCUGCGCGAGGGAGGUAUACACGCAUGCGUCAGGCGCAGCCCAGGGGGCGUUGGAGACACUCCCCACCUACACCUAUCCCCGGAUCCCACAGGCUCCAUGGCGCGGCAGCUGCAGAAGGCCGCAGUAAGGGUCCUCAGUGAACAGACAUGUCGCCGCUUCUACCCAGUGCAGAUCAGCAGCCGUAUGUUGUGUGCAGGCUUCCCACAGGGUGGCGUGGACAGCUGCUCGGGUGAUGCAGGGGGACCCCUGGCCUGCAGGGAGCCAUCUGGCCAAUGGGUGCUAACUGGGGUCACCAGCUGGGGCUACGGCUGUGGCAGGCCCCACUUCCCAGGUGUCUACACUCGAGUGGCUGCUGUGCUGGGAUGGAUAGGCCAGAACAUCCAGGAAUGAUUGCCCUGUGGCUAGCAACCCAGGCGUGGACUGAGAAACACAGCUACGGGCCACCCACCCCACGCUGAGGAGUUGGUAGCAGGCAAACAUGGGAGUCCGAUGGGAACUAGCUGUGACUGUGUAUAUUGUUCCAAUAAACAGAGUCCUUUCUCCUA